CCCUGUUGCAUACGUCAGUGAAUGAGUGACCAUACGCGUGGCGUUUGCUCAGCGUUAUCAGUCUAAGAUGAACCAUAUAUUUGUAAUCUGUCGCUCACUUCUUUAGAUUACAUGAUGAACUGUGAUUUAAGCCUGUAAUUAAAGACCAUCUGAAUGAAAUAAAGUUAAAGUCCAAGAGUCUAAUGCCUGUAACAUCUAAGAAUGAUGAACUUAAAACAUGACAUUGCCUGUUGCAUUUCAGUUUCAUUUAUUUUAAGUCUUGCUAAUGCUGACUACCAAACUUAUCUGAACCUUCAGCAUAGACCAUUGCAUUUGCCUGAUAAGAAAUUUGGAUUCAAUGAGUACUCUGAAGAUGUUGAAAACGACGAGAAAGAUAAAGCGGAUUUACAAGUAGUGUCACAAUGGGAUUCGAUGCCUGCAUCGUACGACAAUGAGCGUAUAUCAAAAACUGCAACAGAUUUUGAGAUACAUUCUUUGGAUGUGCUUGAUAAAAAUAUAGAAUGGGAUUCUCAUUGGGCUAACAAUUUGAAGUUCUGUCAGAUAUCUGCAGUGUCUAUAGAUCCAAAUGGCGACAUUGGAAUAUUUCACAGAGGAUCACGAAUCUGGGGCCUUAGUACAUUUGAUAUGAAUAACAGAUUCAAUCAAAGCAAUGGCCCAAUUAGAGAAAAUACUAUUAUUCUUUUGAAUAAGUCGGGUAAGAAACUAUUUGAAUGGGGUGCAAACAUGUUCUACCUGCCACAUGGUUUAACAAUUGACUCGUAUGGAAAUUAUUGGAUUACCGAUGUUGCCUUACAUCAGGUAUUUAAAUUUGAUGCUGAAGACAUAGCAAUAAUGAGAAACAAGGCAAAAUUGAAGAAAAGAGAGUAUAAUCAGGAAUCAAUUCAUUUUGAUAAUCACAAUAUUAAGCGUUUGGUACAAAGUUAUACUCCUAAACCAACACUUGUUCUUGGAAAAGCUUUUGAACCUGGCAACAGUGAUAGGCGAUUUUGCAAACCAACAGCAGUGGCUGUACAGAAUAAUGGUGACUUUUUUGUCAGCGAUGGAUAUUGCAACUCUAGAAUCAUUAAAUUUAAUGCGAAAGGAGAGAGAAUUCUCCAAUGGGGCCGACAUUGGGGAGGAGAAGCAAACAUGUAUGUACAAACUCCUCCGGUAAAUGCAUUCUUAGUACCACAUGCUUUAGCUCUGGCUAGUGAAUACAACUUAAUUUUUGUCGCUGAUAGAGAAAAUGGUAGAGUUUUAUCUUUCUCUGCAAAGGAUGGAACAUUUCAGAAAGAAUAUAAGCAUCCUGCAAUUGGCACAAAGAUCUACAGUGUAGCAUAUGCUAAAGAAAAGCUAUAUUUAAUUAAUGGACCUGAUGCAAAUUAUAAUAUCCAUAUACGAGGAUUCAUUCUUGAUAUAAAUUCAGGAAAUAUAUUAUCUCAGUUUGGGCCUGAACAUUAUAUGGACAGGCCACACGAUAUAGCCGUGACGAAAAAUGGAUCAGAAAUAUAUGUAGUGGAAUUAGAUAAUCACACUGUGUACAGAUUUUUGCAAGAUACAAAUGCUUCCAUGCAAACUGGAAAUGUAGCAAUGAACACGAAUGCUCAUCGUGAACCUGCAUCUUUAACGGACAGUAACUCUAACAAUCCUUCCACUGGAGGUACUACAACAGCAACAUUAGUCUUUUACCUUGUUACAGCAGCAGUCACUUUUAUUGCCUUGUGUGUAACAAUUGCUGCAAUUGUAGCAAGAUGUCAAAAAAGAGGCUGUUUAUUAUUAAUGCGAAAAAGAAUGCGGUGGGAAGCAGAGAGGCGAGAGAACUUUAGACUGUCCAGUCUUUUAGAAGGCAGAAGAGGCAAAAGCUUCAAAAUAAUGAAGAAACGACCAAAUCCGCGCGACUUUAGCAAAUUGAAUACGGAACCAGAAACCUCGGAAGACGAGCAUCCAGAGAAUAGUCUUUCGAGGAUCGUUUAAUGGGAAUUCUCCAUUCUCGAUUAUCAAGCGUACAAAUUAAGAAGUCAUACUUCAAAUUCUUACAAAAUAUCCGUUUCCCCGUUCAAUUUGACGCCUGUUGCUUGCGAAUUUAAAUCAGGGAUGCCGUCAUGCUUGACUUCACAACUGCUGUUUCAAAUUGCGAGGUACGUCGACCAACUUUUCACGACUGUUGCCUUCUGACAUCAGAAUACUUAACCACCACUCGUUUAACUAAGUACGCGCAAAUUUAAUACGUUUACUGCGGUCGCCUUUUUCCUCGAUUUUGCAUAUUCGACGAUUCAUAUCUUUUUAUAUCUUAAUUGAUUGAAUAUUCGAAGUAUCGCGAGCUUACGUAACGAAUAAAAUUUCAAUUUACAUCAAUGUUACGUUUUGAUUAAAUAUGAAUAACAUCUAUUUCUGUUAGUUAUCAACUUAAUUUUGUCCCGUGUCGCAGUGAACGUAUUAAUUAAUUCAAUUUUACAUAAGAUACUACUAAUGUAUGUUUUAAAUGAUUCCUAAAACCGGAGAAGUAUUAAAAUGUUUUCCCUGUUGUUGAGAAACGAGAUAUACUCGAUUACAAUAUACGAUAUAUGUGUAUAUUUAAAGAUAACAAUUGUGAUCGAUACGCGUCUGCGAUUAUUCGAUCAAUCGAAUAUUGAAUUUACAACAUAUGUGUGCGCUUUUCAAUAUUUUCAGAAAGAAGAAAUGUUUCAAUUCGUAUGUCCCAAGAUUAGAAACAUUAUUUUGAAAAUCGAUGUUAAGUUCCACAGUCAAUUACAGAACUAGAAGUUAAACUGUUUUUUAGAAAAUAUUAAUAUCUUUUAACCCUUUAUACAAUUAUUUCUUAUUUUAGUAAUUUAGUUUAUAAAAUUAUUUAUUCUCCAGUGAUGAUCAAUAUAAACUACUAACCGAUACAUGAAACAAAUAAAAAAAGACAGAAAAUAUCUUGUUAUUUGAAAACGUUGAGUAAGAUGAUAAUAUCGAUAUACCUAGUAUAUGUUUAAAAUUUAAAAGAGUUAACUCUAAGGAUAGUUGUUUCAGAAUAUUAUAACUUACCUGAUAACAAUGGCCUUGCAAAUGAUACUUGGAAAGUGACCAAACUUGUGCUAUAUAUACUAUCUGUCAAUAUCUGUUUACAAAUUAUAUAAUGUAAUUAUGUAUUGUAAAUCAUUGACAUAUCCCUUUAAUGAUACAAGGAAAACAACUACAAAAUCUAUAUUUCGUCUCGAAUAUAAUCAUACUCUUAUCGUUAUACACUCGAUACUCUUUACUUCAAGCUUUAAAGAUAAACAUUCCUACGCGUGUGUUCGAUGGAAACAGUAUUUUAAUAGUACCUGAUGUUGAAUUUUUGUAAGUUCGAAUGCAUUUACGUAUUCGUUGUACAUAUCCGUUUCUACUCACGUUCGCUCUUCCAUAGAUCCUUGCGUUUCGAUUUCACAUUCAAACGACGUUAGUCCAUAAGUUACAGUACUUAAUUCGUUUGCGUUCGAAAUACUCUGCUGAUAUUUAUUAUGUGUAUUGCCAUAAACAUGGUAUAUGUACCCGUGAACAUGGAAAUGUAUAUUUUCAAAUAAAAAUGCGUGUUUGUACUACCGUAA